GGGUUUGGGAAGUGAGAGAGAGAGAGAGUUAUAAAUAGGAGAAUUGUAAUGGGGAAAUAAAGAAAGAUAAGAGAAAAGAAAGAAAAAGAAUGGGAAGAGGGAGGGUAGAGCUGAAGAAGAUAGAGAACAAAAUAAAUAGACAAGUUACCUUCACAAAAAGAAGAAAUGGACUUCUUAAAAAGGCUUAUGAGCUCUCCAUUUUAUGUGAUGCUGAGGUUGCAUUGAUCAUCUUCUCCACUCGUGGCAAACUCUAUGAAUUCUCAAGCUCUUCCAGUAUAGCCAAGACCCUGGAGAGGUAUGAAAGACAUAGCUAUGGUGCAUUGGAAGCCUCCCACCCUCCAAAGGACACUGAGAGAUGGUACCAAGAGUAUUUGAAGCUGAAAGCAGAAGUGGAAGGUUUACAGUAUUCACAGAGACGAUUUCUUGGAGAAGAAUUGGAUGAUUUGGAGACGAAGGAACUGGAUCAACUAGAAAUUCAAUUGGAAAUGUCUCUCAAGCAAAUCAGAUCUACUAAGAGCCAAACAAUGUUUGAUCAGUUAUCUGAUCUCCAAAAAAAGGAAGAUAUGCUGCUGGAAACAAAUCAAGCCUUAAGGAAGAAGUUGGAGGAAAGUAGUGCAUCUCUUCAUACAUCAUGGGAUUCUUCAGAGCCCAACAAUUUAAAAUAUUGCAGACAACCUGGGGGCUUUCUUCAAAGCAAUAAUAAUAAUAAUAUCAUUGCAUUGGAAAAUAGUUACAAUACAGGAGAAGUUUCAAAUCAAGAAAAUGUUAUAAACUCUGGGCCAGAUGGUAAUGGAUUGCCUUCACACUGGAUGCUGCUUUGAUCUAUUCUCAAAUAAAUUUACAAAAACCAUAACUCUAUUUCAAUCCAUUCAAUAUUGUAACAGUAAAAAUAUAUGUGAUUAUAAUAAAUUUACGAACCAUAUAAUUAUCUAGUGUCCCUUAAAAAGAUAUAUAUAAUUAUCUAGUGAAUACUUCAUUUUCAUCCAUA